AUGGCCUCAUUACCCUUUUCCAAACACUUAGCUGCCUUUGUUUUGCUAAUUUUCUUCCUGCAACCCUCAGCUGCAGACUCAAACUCCUCGUUUUCAUUCACUGAAUUUGGUAAAGGUCCAAAAUUUGAGUCCAAUAUUGCUCUUUAUGGUGAUGCAGAGGUUGUUAAUGGUGGGUAUGCAGUUCAACUCACUAGUUCAGUGAGAUCAAGUGCUGGGAGAGCCAUGUACAAGAAAUCCAUCAAGCUCAGUGAAGGUAAACCUCAGAAAUCAGUAUCUUUCUCCACAAACUUCUCAUUUUCUGUGUCCACUGGCAAUGGGGAUGGUUUGGCCUUUGUUAUGGUUCCAAGUGGUUUCAAUCUUAGCAUGUUUGCUAAUAGCUCUUUUGGUCUUUCCCUAGGAUAUGGGAAAGGUAAAUUUAAAGUUGUUGCAGUUAAAUUUAAUGCAUUAAGGGAUGCCAAGGUUCAUGUUGGAAUUGAUGUGGGUAGUUCUGUAUCAGCUAAAGUAAGCACUUCUUCAAGUAAGAAUUUGAAUCUAACUAGUGGGAAUAAAACGCAUGCUUGGAUCGAUUAUGAAGCUGGUUCGAAUAGAUUAGAAGUUAGGCUGAGUCAAUUUGGUCAUCCAAGGCCAGCUGAUCCUCUGCUAUGGUACCCAAUUGACUUGUCAAAACUGUGGGAGCAUGAGAAAGUGUUUGUGGGCUUAAGUGCAAUGAACAGGAAUUCGUCUCAGACAUGUUUGAUAACUUCUUGGAGCUUUGAGCAAAGGCAUGUGCCGCACUGGAUGCAUUCACAGCCACUAGAUCCCAAGGUCUUUGCUAAGAAUUUGAAACCGGUGAGAGUUGAAACCAAAAAGGAUUGUGUAAAAAGGGUUUUUGGUGCAAUGUUUUUUGGUGUUGCUUGUGGAGCAUUGGCAUCACUCCUUGCAUUGUAUUUGUGGACCGUCUUCGGUAAUCGGCGUCCAGUGGUGCCAGAGGGUUAUGCUGAGCAGCCUAAAGAAUUUGAGUACGAUAAAGUGAAAGUAGGUGUAGAUGAUAAAGCCAUCGAAGAUGGAAAGCAGUAG